CUCUCUCCCUCCCUCCCGCCGACCCCGCUUCGUCCGCAGGGGUUGAAAAUCCCGCGCUUCCGUCUCGUUUCUAUUUAAGGGGAACCUCAGGCUGCAUCGGGGCAAAACGCUGCGCAAAGCCUCCUCAUCCUCAUCCCUCCUCAUUCCUCCUCGUGUCUCUGUCGCGUUCAAAGCGACCCGCUCACUCUCUCUCUCACUCCCUGUCUCUGUCCGUCUCGGUCAGAGUCUCACGCACGCACACGCGCGCACUUCGUUGCCAGGAUGAAACCGUCGGCACUCAGCGCCGCGCUCACCUGCGCCUGCCUCUUGCUGUCGUCGUCCGUCUGGGGCAAUGCCAUCAACUACGUCGACGAAGGCUGCGAGUGCGCCGCAAAGCCGUCCCCCUCGCUCGUGCGCUGGGACAAGCUCUUCAUCAUGCUGGAGAAGUCUCAGAAGAGGGAGGCCAUGAUGCUUGAGGCCAUGGAGAACAUGAUCCGGAGCGAGAUGCAGAACGUGCAGGCGGUGAUGGAGGAGUCGAAGCAGGAAACGGCGCAGCGUCUCGACAGGACCCUGAGAGACGCCUCGCGCGAGUUCCUGAGCCACAUCGACAUCAAGUUGCAGAGCGAGACGAACGGCAAGUUUGACAAGAUCGAGCGCCUGCUGGGCAAGCUGGUGACCGACGUGCAGGCCAUCUCCCUGGAGCUGCUGCGCGUCACGCAGGAGUCCACCGAGAUCCCUGCCGCGCACGACCCGCCGCUCAUCGCUCCGCCCAGCCACGUCGCCCAGACCCUCGGCGUCAACAACCUCGCGCUGUCCGAAGAGAAGGUCAUGUGGAGCCUGGCGCUCUUUCCUCCUCCAGGCUGCUUCAUGACGCUCCACUUCCCCAUGCGCUCGCGCGCCAUCGCCGUGGGCGUGGACCCCGGCGUGCCCGCGGAGCUGCGAGCCGUCACCCUCUGCCUGUGGGCGCGCCCCUCGGAGCCCCUCUCCAAGACGGUGCUGGCGAGCUACGGCGACAAGAGCUCCCCGCGGCUCCUGCAGCUCUACCUGAGCGGCGACCGCGCCGUCUUCUCCGUGGCCGGCGACGACGCGGCCGAGGGGGGCGGCCGCGCCGAGGCGGCCGGCGCGGCCGCCCGCGACGCGUGGGCGCACUACUGCGGCGCCUGGGAGUCCGAGUCGGGCGACCUCGCCCUGUGGGUGAACGGGCAGCUGACGGCGCACAACGGCUCGCCCGUCGCGCGGGGCUUCGUCGUGCCGCCGGGCGGCGUCCUGCAGCUGGGCCAGGAGAAGAACGGCUGCUGCGUGGGCGGCGGCGGCGGCGGCGGCGGCUUCGACCCCGAGCUGGCGUUCGCCGGCGCCCUCGCCGGCUUCAACGUGUGGGACCACGUGCUCCCGUCGGAGGAGAUCGCCAAGCUCGCCGGGGGCAGGGGCGGAUGCCGGGCGCAGGGCAACGUGGUGGCGUGGGGCGUCACGGAGCUGCACCCCAUGGGCGGCGCGGUCUUCAACCUCUACUGAGGGCGGGCGCAAGCCGGAGGGCGAGGCGGCGGCGGCGGCGGAGAGAUCCGCCACCUGUGACGCGUUUUGUCGUUUUCUCGUUCGUCUGUCUGUGAGAUGGCAAGGAAUUGUCGUCGUCGGCGGCGGCGGCGGCGGCGUCCCCCACAGCCCCCAACCCCCCCCCCCCUCCUUAUUCGCCUGUAAGUUAAUAAAUGAAUAGAUUUUGUCCAAUGUCUCCGGUUGCUCUGCCGGAGAAAUUGCGGACGUUGAAGCAAUUGCCUUGUUGAAAACAAAAAGGGAUAUUGUCAAAAUGAUGAAGCCGAGUGGCUUGGGUGGGUGUAGGGUGGAGGGGGCGGAGUGCGUAAUGCCCGUUUAGGAGACACAGAGCCAGCGCUGUUGAGUACCUGGGUUUGAAUCCAGCCACCCGCCUGUGAUUAAAUCAAAUUCACAUAUGCAACGAGCCAAUUGGCAAUGGACUGUUUAAACAAACAAACAAAAACACGCAAUUGUUUAAAGUUAAUUUGUUUUUUUUACUCAAUUAACAAAUUACAUCCCUCGCAGAGUAAUGUCUUUCUUAGUUUGAGUGUCAUAUAUCACGAAAUGUUCACAUUGCGUGAAGCAGCGCCAGGGGGUGUGAUGAGAGAGGCCUGUCGAGGCGACUGCAGCAGUAGUUCUGCGAGGUCAACUUCUGGGGGCCCGUUCCCUGAACAAUGUGACGCUCUCUUGAGCAAACGAAGUCCAGAAGGAAAUGUCUUUGUCUCGUGAUGAUUUUGAUAACGCCAAUGGGGGAGUUGUAAUCAUUAUAAUUGGGGGGGGGGGCGGGGGGGGGAGCAAAUGGAAAAUAAUAAAUAUCCCUUUCGUAUUGUUUAUUCCAGGUUUUGGCAGUUAUUAGUGUCACUUUUUUUCAGAUUUAUGUAAUGGAUUAAUUAAAUAUUAUUUUCGAGGGAAUAUUUAUAUAUAUAAUAACUAAUGUUGACCUUGCUUAUACUUCAAGCACAUGGUAAAUAUAUAUUCAACAACAAAAAUGACAAAACGAAUAAAGACACCGGGGCUUUUGGGUCCGUAAUAGAUUUGUUUUCGGGUCAGAUCGCCGCGUGAGUACAAUGUGUGUCGUACACCCUCCUCCACCCGACAGCAUGACUGGUGCCGCUGAAGCAGUAAUACAUCGGUGGCACAUUUGUUCACGUGGCAACUUUAGUUAACCCUUUUCCGUCCCGAGACGUCCGCAAGUUGCAGGGGCGGGUGUCCACGUUCACCUCUGAAUCUCGGAACGCACAAGCGGCUCGGCAUUAAUUUUAUUUCGAGAGGCGUUGCGCCGUUGUUUUUGAAGACGUUGCAUUCACCGCAGAGAACCACAGCGACACGCCGGCGCUCUGCGAUAGCUGGCGCCAAACUGUGCCACGCCCCCUCGUGGGAGCCUCGGUACCAAUAAAGUUAUUUCAUGUUUCUUCCGGUUUCGUUUCGAUGAUGCACACACGUACGUCAUCGGAACGGAAUUGGAAGAAAAAAACGAUUACGCACACGUACAUCGUAGGAACGGGAAAGGUUUAAUUGUUGGGUUUGGGGUGGAGGGGGUUUACAACACCCAUUUUACUCACGAAAUCUGACCCAAAAAAAUAAUCAAUUAUGAAUCUAAUUAUGCGGAUGUUUAUGAAUUAUAAAGCAGACCUAAAAAUUAGACCACACUUAGGACACUUGUGGCAAUGUUUCUCAUCCUAAAACAAACCCUUUGUUUUUUAAAGUUCAUAUAUCUUGUCUUAAUAUUUUGUAUCCAAUAUUUUUUUUAUCUCUUUCAUUUUAAAUUUAAAUAUCUGCUCAACUUCUUUAAAAAAUACAAUACGGUACUUUUACCAACCUCCCUUUUGCUGUAAUUAAUAAAGAAAGAAAUGGAUGCAAAGGAGACUUUGGAUUUUACGUCUAUACAUUGCAAGUAUAUAUUUUCAACGGUAACAAAUUGUAGAGGCCAUCAUGUCACAAAUAAGGAUCUGCAAUGGAAAGUGGACAUCUAUAUGCAUGACUACAUGACUUGUUUCUAUGAACUAGGAAUUUUACUUCGAAGUAAAAUGAUUAAAGCCACAAGUGUGUACAUGAAAGAUGGCUGAAAAAAUGUAUUUUAUGAAAGGAGUUGUACUUUGCAUCUUUAACGAAAAUCCAGAAGCCCAAUUUGACAGAUAAUGAAUGUCUGGAACAAAGUAUAUGACUGUUCGUUAAAACAAUUUAUUUGUAAAAUGUGUCUUUUAUAUUUUAGAUUGAUGUAUGCUUUAAUAGCCAAAAGUAUGUUUGUAAACUGAAAAAACACAGCAAUUAGCAGAAACACUUCCAAAGUAAUAUAUAACCGUAACUAGCUAAAAUUUAGACGGCCAUGGCAUCGGCAAUUAAUGCACUGAAAACAAACUUCUUCACUAUUCUUAUAACUUUCAUUUUAUAAAAACAAAAUGUAAAAAAAAAUAAGUCUUUCUGACUUCAUGUAAUUUUAACAAGAAGAAAGAGACGUGAAAUAUAUAUUUUUGUUCAAUGAAAAAAAAACAUUGUAAGACUAAAAAACGUUGCCUCCUAUCGCCAUGGUGUUAUUUCUAGAGGGAAGGCCUUGGAUGAUUAAUUACGGCUGAACACACGCGUUGAUUAUUUUUCAAGGAAACCGCAAGCAUUCAUUUAAGCUCAUGAAGUUACGUAAUUCACUAACACUUACAUUGAAAUUCUGAGAAUGGAAUGAGCACCUCACGGUGUGCUCGAUUGUUCUGUCCGUAACAGCCCAAGGCAUCAAACACCAAUUAUAUAUGUAUGCAACAACCAAGACACCCAGAGAGAUCAUGAGCAAACGUGAUAAUUUUUGCUUUCGAUACCUAUGUGACUAUAGCAAGAAGAGACGAUUUAGGCCUUCAUACAGGCACAUAAAUGCCUGUUUUAAAAAUACUACUUUUUGAGUCCACUUCUUAGCAGAAUGCCAAUGCUUUAAUAAUGUCCUACAGCAUUGCUAGCUAAUGCAUGAACACGUUAUCGAAGACGGCGGUGAGUAUUGCAUAGGUUCAGCCAGCUUAUCGAACUCAACAUCAAGUAAACAUUGCCAUCGGAGUGAUAUUAGACACGGUUCUGACUUAGCAACCACAUGCCGAGCACACUCCUGCAUGCCGACGUAUCACCAGACUAGCUACGAAGACAAAAACGGCCUCUAUCUAACUUACAUUGGCUGUUGGUGAGCACGUGCUGAUGGUGAGCACGUGUUGUUGGUGAGCACGUGCUGUUGGUGAGCACGUAUUAAGACUGGAGCGGCACACGCAGGGGGUGAUGUGGCCAGUAACCACAGCCGGGCCAACCUUUGUCUCCCCAGUGAUGUUUAUUUGUUUUGCCAGGUACUCACGUUAAUAAAGUGGACACCUAACUGCAGACACACGAGCAUGAAUGCACACAUGCACACACUCAAAUUGUGCAUGCCCACGAAAGCAUUCAGCUGCAUGAGCACGUACGCGGUUCACGUGUGAAACAAGUCCCACUUAUCAGUCCUUCCUACUCUACUUCGCACCUCCGAUUAGCACGGUUGGCUACGUACGGUGCAAAAGAAGUUCAACGUACGAGCAACAUACAUUAUCAACAGUCCCACACAUUGGUAGCAGUGCCGUUCAUUACGGUAUCAACAACAAGGCUAUCUUUGUUCGUCUAACUUAACCCAAUAUAAAUGCAAAAUGUAUGACAAUAUAAACAAUUGUGUUUUUAAAAAGACUAUAUUUGAAAGAAAGUAUUCAAGUGGACAUUUUCAACACUCGGGAGUUAUAAUUCCCGAGAGAAAGUUAUUCUUGUAUAUUUUUUAUCCGCGUAAUUUUUUAACUCGAUGUAGAUCCCUUCCGCAAUGUAGCGUGUGCAUGAAAGUAACGCUGUGUUGGGGAUGAAUGCGACAAUCGUACGGAAUGGUGUCAGUAAAACACGUGUCAGCUACAAUCAUACCUCUGCUCAGCCGCUUUCUUCGCCUUAAUACAUUGCUUUAGUACAGAGGCUAAGGUGCGUUAUGUUUUAACAAUUAUAAAAUAUGUAGGCAUCUUUCUAAGUGGUAUUCAACUGCAAAAGCCCACUCCGUGCUUUGCAAGUAUUUACUGUUUUUAAACUUAACAUUUUAUGGUUGUUGUUGUUAAUCGUAGGAAGGAUACGAUUUACAAUUGUUAGUCGUGCACGGUGAUUUGUUUUAGUCACCGAGGUAUAGACCUCUUUGGAAUUUAUUGUUUGAGAAAAUGUCCGUACCUAAUGCACACUCUGUGUCCCAUAGCUUUAUUAAAUUAAGUAGAAUAAA